AUGCGACUGUCGCACAAGGCGCAGGGCGGGGACCCCUGGACUCCGCCGGAGUACUCCGUAAUGCGCGCAAAGGCCGUGCAUGCGGCACCACACGCAGCGCCCGUCGGAGGAGUUGUCGAGGGAACAAAGGUGGCCGCGUGCACCCUCGCGAGUCACGUAGGAAAGACCUGCCGCCUGGCCCUCCGGCGCCACUGGCUUCCCCGCUGCGCAACAGGAUCCUGCACCCCGCGGGCCGGGCCGUGGAUCAUCUGUCUGUCCCCGCGGGGCGCUGCUCGCACCUUUCCCUUCGGACCAGCCGUCUGGUCUGCCCACAAAGCGACCGCGGGGACAGCGGCGGGUCCGAACGAGCCCCCCCUCCCCCCCGACACUGCGAAGGGUUCCCGAUUUCCUCCGCGGACCGACACGGCUCCCCGGAGUGCUUCGCCGGCCUGGGAAGGGGAGGGGAGGGGCGGGGCGCCACGCCCCCAGCAGUGCCGCACUCGCGGCGGCGGCGGCGGCAGCGAGAGCGGCGGCGGGAUGAUCGCCGGCUCCUUGCACCCGACCCGCCUGGGGAAGCUCGUCCUGCAGGGGGUCACGGCCAGCCCCGGGGCCGGCGGGAGCGACGGCCCCAGUUCGGUCAGCCCCAGCGGCUUCGGCGCGCCCGCGGACGGCGGCAACGAGACGCAGUGCCUGCUGAUCCUGAGCUACGGCAACGUGGAGAAAGUGGUGAUCGGGGCCGCCCUGUCGCUCAUCACCCUGCUGACCAUCGCCGGCAACUGCCUGGUGGUCAUCUCCGUCUGCUUCGUCAAGAAGCUCCGGCAGCCCUCCAACUAUCUCAUCGUCUCGCUCGCCCUGGCCGACCUCUCGGUGGCCGUGGCCGUCAUGCCCUUUGUCAGCGUGACCGACCUCAUCGGCGGCGAGUGGAUGUUCGGCACGGCCUUCUGCAACGUCUUCAUCGCCAUGGACGUGAUGUGCUGCACCGCCUCCAUCAUGACCCUCUGCGUGAUCAGUAUCGACAGGUAUCUUGGUAUAACCAGGCCUCUCACCUACCCCGUAAGGCAAAACGGGAAGUGCAUGGCUAAAAUGAUCCUUUGCGUGUGGCUGCUGUCUGCUUCCAUCACUUUGCCGCCUCUCUUCGGCUGGGCUCAAAAUAUCAAUGAUGGCAAAGUGUGUUUAAUAAGCCAAGACUUUGGUUAUACGAUUUAUUCCACCGCUGUUGCUUUCUACAUUCCCAUGUCAGUUAUGCUUUUCAUGUACUAUCAGAUCUUCAAGGCGGCCAAGAAGAGUGCUGCCAAACACAAGUUUGCUGGCUUCCCACGGCCUGAAGAAAAUGAAGGGAUUGUUUCUGCAAAUGGCAUUGUCAAACUGCACAAGGAGUCAGAAGAAUGCACAAAUUUUUCGCGGCUGCUUAAGCACGAACGGAAGAACAUUUCCAUCUUCAAAAGGGAGCAGAAAGCUGCGACCACCCUUGGGAUUAUUGUUGGGGCCUUUACCGUGUGCUGGCUGCCCUUUUUCAUACUUUCCACUGCUAGACCCUUUAUCUGUGGAAGGUCUUGCAGUUGCAUCCCGUUGUGGGUUGAGAGGACUUUCCUGUGGUUGGGUUAUGCAAACUCUCUUAUCAACCCCUUUAUAUAUGCUUUCUUCAACCGGGACCUGAGGACCACCUAUCGCAAUCUGCUGCAGUGCAGAUAUAGGAAUAUCAACCGUAAGCUAUCAGCUUCAGGAAUGCAUGAGGCCCUGAAGCUUGCUGAAAAGUCAGAGUUUGUUCUGAGGAGCUCUGAUUACUCAAGAAAGAAGAGCCAUGAUUUAUGACUGAAUCAAGACCCAAGCAGUCAUAUACAGACAAGGAACUGCUGGGCAAAGGACAGUUCUGAAGGUCCAACCAGCAUGGAAAAACUGAUGGGUUAAUGAAAGGCACUUGGU